AUGUCCUUGACAACAUCGUCAAUCUACUCUUGGAACGGCGCCUCCGCAUCUGCGAAGUCGAACAUCAUGUCAAACACGACGAGAGUGUCACCGGAUUUACUCUCUAUGCCUAACGAGAUCAUCGCAAGGAUAUGCAAUUACGUCGCUGUCCACGAUCACGCAAAGCCUAUCUCCAACCUUCGCCUGACCUGCAAACAUUUCUAUGCUCCAGCCACCAAAGAACUCGCCCAAAAGUUCCUCAGCGAGCCUCAUGUCAUGAUGAAUCGAUACAGCCUCGAAGCACUUGUCGAGAUCUGCAAACAUCCACUGUUUGGUCCUCAUGUGCGCGGUAUCGCUUUCGAGUCUUCUAGACUCAGCCUUAGGCUUUUCGACGACAUCCACUACAGGCUAAGGACCUCGCUCACCGACAAAGACCUGGUGGCUAUGACUCAGGCAAGGAAACAGAUGACUUUCUUCCUGGAAUUGUAUGAGCAGGAGCAAAGUCUACAACAGACCGGCGAAGCUUCGAAACUCGUCAGAGAAGCGUGUAGCCUACUUCGGCAAUAUAGAAACGCUGUCAAGAUGGCCCUUACAACAGUAGGCAUCGAUCAUAACGGCCCUUAUCCAAUGGGCUAUCAUAAAGCUCUCACCCAGUUUAUCUGUUCUAAUGGGAAUGGCUUGAGUAAUUUCAUGGCUGCAAAAGACGUCUCUUCCACCCUUCUGCUGAUGCUAGAAGCCUCCGAUGCAAGUGAAUGCGAGAUCUCAAGUUUGGACAUCGGGGCAUGGGACUUUCAUCACUACGACACAUGCGCAGAUCUAUCCAACGUGCGCAUUGCUUCCAAAGUCCUGACUGCGUUGACCGAAAUCCACCUGCAUCUCGACCCGGGCCCAUUGCAAGAUGGUCUGGACAGGAUUCUCGAGGCAACACUUCCUUUCGCCAACAGACUGCAGAAAGUUUACCUGGAAUUUGGCCAGGAUGCAGAAAGUGGGUUAAGUAGAUCAUCCUUGUCAAUGCUUGCAUCGGUCGCACGUAUUCUUGAAUCGAUCGGUUCCGACGAACUUGUCCAGUUAGAGCUGAACAUCACGACUUUUCGCGAGGCAGAUCUCCUCAAAUUUCUGGGCCUGCACAAGAAGACUCUGAAGCAGGUGACUUUCCAAGAUCUUCCGUUAGCGGGCUCAUGGGUCCAGCUGUUAUCAUGGAUCCGAGAUAAUUUGUCUCUUGACAAGCUAGUCUUCCUUUGCGUCUCGGAAUUUGAUGAGCAUGACCUGGAUGAGCGUGGAUACGGGAAGCCGACCCUAUGGUUCCGUGGCGGAUUCGAUAUCAGGGGUCCUACAGCUAUGCGACCUGCUUUAGACAAGUUCCUGGCACAGAAGAGGAAGCAGUUGACUGGAGACGAAGACCAUGGGCUGGCAGAGUACGAACUGGAUUACGGACAACCAAGAGUCAUCGAAUAGACUGGGAGAACGCGAGAGCAAAUUAGUGAUGACCUUACACGCGCAACGGGAAUGACAGUAGAAGGACUAAGCCGGGCAAUGGGGC